AUGUCGAGCCUGCAGUCAUCGAACGAAACCAAUGACAUCUGCAGUGCGCAGUGGCUGCUCCUGUGGACCACGGCUGCCUACGCACCCGAAGUUCCCAACAAGGACGAGAAGGAAUCGCUGGAAACUUUCUUCGGCAAGUUUCAGGACUUGUGCCGCCACGGUCCCUAUGCCGAGGGCUACAAGACCGCUCUGAAGUCCGGACCUCCCCCAGUGUCCAGCCGACGGGAGCUGAUGCUCUGGCUGUGCAUGGCAGAGAACCGCUGCCUGAAGAAGGAAGGCUCCGAAGAUGAAAGUGGGGGAGACGGGAAGAUGUACUCCGAGCCAGCCUUCGUGAUGUGCACACGCGGGCAGAGCGCCUGCCAGCCGCCGCCCGGGCUCUCAUCGCCAACGCACAUCAAUAGCGAGCCUUGGAAGGUCGCUGUGGACCCCAAGAUCUUCGACACCCCUUCGCUCUCACAGGGCAGGGUAGGCACAGCCUACUGGGCCGCUGACGAUUGUGGGAGCACAGAGGACGGAAGCGAUCGAGAUACGACCUCUGAAGGAUCCUCCGUGCAGGCCCAUGGCUCCUGGCGCAGUGAAGCGCAGUGGCAGCAGGAUCAGAGACCUUUUCCACAAGCUGCAAACACAAAUUCGGAGCGGGAACACGCCGCCACACCGAAUGCAAGUGUCGUGCACUCGACGUGCCGUUGGCACAAGUCAGCAAGCACAGUGGGAUCGAUCUCGACAGACGGUCACGUGUUCACCAAGUCGGCGAGUGGCCAAAAGGUCGUGAUCAACGAUCGCGGAAUGCCGAUGGAGCUCAGCUCGAUCUGCAUGGUCUUCGACUCGACGCUCAGAUGCCGAGGCGUGCACACCUACCAAUACACCAUUCUCUCCGGGGAGCUGGGUGCGGCGGAUGGAGCAGGCUUCGUAUUCGAUUCGAAAGUUCGCCGCAACAAUAUCCAACAGAUGCGCACGGUCUUUCUGAAUCAACGAGGGGUCAUCUGCAUUCGCGACCGUCAGAAUGUGCGCAAGCUGAAGGCACAACUGCCACCUUUGGAGGUGGGGCUUUGCCUGACCUUGACAGUGGACUUGAACACCUUGCGCUUGCACUUCGUGGUCUCAGCCCCGGAAGGUGUUGUGGGCUUCGCGGAGGUGUGCUUGGAUGGUCUUUUCGAUCUGACAGCGCAGGCCAACUUCCAGAGCGGCUUCUUCUGUGCCGUGGUGACCAAGGAGAUCAGCGUCUCACUGUGGUGA